AUGAACGCUGAAGCCGGCACCCACCCCAUGAUGGCCUCCUUAUAUGUGGGCGAUCUGCACUCGGACGUCACCGAAGCCUUGCUGUUUGAAAAGUUCAGCUCUAUAGGGCCUGUUCUGUCCAUCCGGAUCUGCCGCGACUUGUUCACCUGCCGCUCCCUGGGUUAUGGCUAUGUCAACUUCCAGCUGCCAACUGAUGCCGAGAGGGCCUUGGACACCAUGAACUUUGAAGUGAUUAAGGGAAGGCCAAUCCGCAUCAUGUGGGCUCAGAGGGAUCCCUCUGUGAGAAAGGCUGGUGUGGGAAAUGUCUUCAUCAAGAACCUGGACAAAUCUAUAGACAACCAGGCGCUGUACGACACUUUCUCUGCCUUUGGAAACAUCAUGUCCUGUAAGGUGGUUUGUGAUGAGAAGGGCUCUAAGGGCUAUGCCUUUGUCCACUUCGAGACCCAAGAGGCCGCCGACAAGGCCAUCGAGAUGCUGAACGGCAAGAUCCUCAAUGACCGCAAAGUGUUCGUGGGCAGAUUCAAGUCUCAACAAGAGCGCGAAGCCGAGCUUGGUGCCAAAAAAUUCACCAACGUUUACAUCAAAAACUUUGGAGAAGAGGUGGAUGAUGGGGCGCUGAAAGAGCUCUUCGGCCAGUUUGGUAAGACCCUAAGUGUCAAGGUGAUGAGAGACUCGAGUGGGAAGUCCAAAGGCUUUGGCUUUGUUAGUUACCAGAAACACGAAGACGCCAGCAAGGCUGUGGAAGAAAUGAAUGGAAAAGAAAUGGGCGGGAAAGCCAUCUUCGUAGGCCGUGCCCAGAAAAAAGUAGAACGCCAGGCCAAAUUAAAACGGAAAUUUGAGCAGCAGAAGCGGGAGAGGAUCAAUCGGUACCGGGGAGUGAAUCUCUACGUGAAGAACUUGGAUGACACCAUUGAUGAUGAGAAAUUGAGGAAAGAGUUUUCUCGUUUUGGAACAAUCACCAGUGUGAAGGUAAUGGUAGAAGGAAGAAGAAGCAAAGGGUUUGGCUUUGUCUGUUUCUCCUCUCCCGAAGAGGCAACCAAAGCUGUCAUCGAAAUGAAUGGACAACUUGUGGGCUCCAAGCCACUGUAUGUGGCCCUGGCCCAGGGGAAGGAAGAGCGGAAGGCUCACCUGACCAACCAGUAUAUGCAGCGUAUGGCUGAGUUGAGAGCAGUUCCUGCAAACCCCUUCCAAAAUGCCUUCCAGCCCGCAGCUGGGGGCUACUAUGUGCCCGAAGUUCCACAGGCGCAGGGAAGACCUCCAUACUACAGGCCUAACCAGUUAGCACAGAGGAGGCCUAAUCCACGCUGGCAGCAAGCCUGGCGACCUCAAAGCUUCCAAGGAAUGCCACUUGCUCCACAGCAGUCUGGGCCUCCUCCAGUUCUUCAACAUCUGGCUCCAACUGGUAAUGCUCCGGCCUCUCGUGGCCUUCCUACUACCACUCAGAGAGUCGGUUCUGAGCGUCCAGACCACUUUGGUGGGGCUGGUUUUGCCCAGCCAGGGCUGACUGACAGCUGCCAAUCUGGAGGCGUCCCUAUGGCUGUGCCAACCCUUGCACCUCCUGUUACAGUUGCUGCCACUGUUCCUGGGGCUGUGGCUCCACACAAGGAUGCCUCCAGUGUCCACAGCCCUCAUCCUGCCAUUCAGCCGCUUCAGGUCCCCCAGCCUGGGGUCCAAGUGCAGGGUCAGGAGCCCCUGACUGCCUCCAUGCUGGCCGCGGUGCCCCCCGAGGAACAGAAGCAGAUGCUGGGCCAGCGUUUGUUCCCACUGAUCCAAAUGAUGCAUUCAGACCUGGCUGCAAAAAUUACUGGGAUGCUGCUGGAACUCGACAACUCUGAGCUGCUGCACAUGCUCGAGUCCCCCGAGUCCCUGCGGUCCAAGGUGGAUGAAGCUGUGGAGGUCCUUAAGGCUUAUGAUGCCGAGAAAGAAGCUGCCCAGGAGGUGGGCGCUGCUGCUGCUACAACAAGAAAAAAAGAGCCAAAAGCCAAAUCACCCCUCAUGACAUCCGGAUAA